AUGAAAACAAUCAACCCUGAUGUUGAGACUGGAAGAUUAUUGUCGAAAGAAGAGGCUGGUCCUUCGAAGAAACCAAAACGGUCUAAGAAGGAUGCUAAGUCUACUUCUGAGAAGCCAGUGCAUGAAACCAAGAAGUCUCCUGAGAAACUAGUGCACGAAACAAGGAAGUCUCGUGAGAAGAAUGUGCACGAAUCCAAGCAGUCCCCAAAGAAGCCUGAACAACCAGAAGUCAAUGUUUCGACAGUUAUCAUCAAGCCAGUGGAACCUGUUGAUGAUACUCUAGUUAAGGAGAAAAUUCCAUCGAAGUCUGGUGUUUUUCGAAGAUUAAAGAAGAGGAAUAGGGGUUCACGAAAAUCUUCUGAUGGUUCGUUCAAAUCUUCUCCUUCAAAUGUUCGUAUACCUCAACUUUCUCAUCAAGGGGUAAUUUUUCGUGAGGUUCCAGCUCUGGUUUCGCCUUUGUCAAAGAAACGUAGAGCUGAAGAUGUAGCUAAACACAUUUCGAAGAAGAAGAAAAGGCAACGAAAGUUGAGAUUCAGAGUCGAGACUCUUGGAGAACGUUGA